CUAGAGGCUUGGGGCUUGGGGCUCGCGUGUCUCCGCGGCGACGGACCGAUCUCCCGCAGCCCGACAGGCUUCGACACGCCGUUGGUGGGCGCGCCCACGAACCAGGCCUGCCGCCUCCGAUACUUUCCUCACUGUGAGAAUGUAAGAUGGAUCCAGAGGAGCAAGAGCUACUAAGCGAUUACAGAUACAGAAAUUACUCUUCAGUGAUUGAAAAGGCUUUAAGAAACUUCGAGUCCUCCAGUGAAUGGGCGGAUCUCAUAUCUUCCCUUGGCAAACUUAACAAGGCUCUCCAGAGCAACCUGAAGUAUUCCUUGUUGCCAAGACGGCUCAUCAUCAGCAAGAGGUUAGCCCAGUGUUUGCAUCCUGCCCUGCCCAGUGGCGUGCACUUAAAAGCCCUCGAAACCUAUGAGAUUAUCUUUAAAAUUGUGGGGACCAAAUGGCUGGCCAAGGACUUGUUCCUGUACAGCUGCGGUUUAUUUCCCCUCCUGGCACAUGCUGCGAUGUCGGUGAGGCCUGUGCUGCUUGGCUUGUAUGAGAAGUACUUCCUCCCACUGCAGAAACUGCUGCUGCCCAGUCUCCAGGCCUUCCUCAUGGGCCUGCUGCCAGGCCUGGAGGAGGGCUCUGAAAUCUACGACAGAACCGAUGCUCUGCUCCUGAGACUGUCGCUGGUGGUCGGCCGGGAGGUGCUCUACUCCGCCUUGUGGGGGAGCAUCCUGACGAGCCCUUCCAUCCGCCUUCCUGCCUCGCUCUUUGUGGUGGGCCACAUCAACAGGGACUUGCCGGGCAACGAGCAGACGUACAUGCUGGGGACCGAUUACCAGCUCACGGUGAAGUCACUGUGUGCGUCACUGCUGGAUUCCAAUGUUCUUGUGCAAAGAAAUAAUCUGGAAAUUGUUCUGUUUUUCUUCCCAUUUUACACCUGUCUGGAUCCCAAUGAGAGAGCCAUUCCCCUGCUCAGACCUGACAUCGUACACAUUCUUUCUGCUGCCACCCAGACCCUGCUGAGAAGGGACAUGUCUCUGAACAGAAGACUCUAUGCCUGGUUACUAGGUUCAGACAUUAAAGGAAAUACCAUUGUGCCAGAAUCUGAAAUUUCAAAUUCUUAUGAAGACCAGUCCUCAUAUUUUUUUGAAAAAUACUCCAGAGAUCUUUUAGUUGAGGCGCUGGCCGAGAUUCUGCACCAGACACACCCGGGUGAUGAUGUGGAGGACCAGCAGGCGUACCUGAAGCCUUUCCGCAUCCUCGUCAGUCUGCUAGACAAGCCGGAAAUAGGGCCUCAAGUGGUUGAGAAUUUAUUUCUGGAAGUCAUCAGGGCCUUUUAUUCUUACUGUAGAGACUCCCUGGGCUCUGACCUGAAGCUUAGCUACACUCAGAGUGGAAAUACGCUGACAAGUGCAAUCAAAGAGAAUAAAAAUGCUUCUGAGGUUGUGAAGACGGUGAAUUUGCUGAUCUCAUCCCUCAGCACCGACUUUCUCUGGGAUUACAUGAUGGGGUGUUUUGAGGAGUGUUUUAGACCAGUGAAGCAGAGUACCUCCAUUGGAAAAGCCAUCAGCCCUCCCCCCACGGUCUCGGAGCUCUGCACGCUGCUCGUGUUCCUCCUCGAUGUGAUUCCCUUGGAGCUGUACUCUGAGGUGCAGACGCAGUACCUCCCACAGGUACUCGGCUGCCUCGUGCAGCCUCUUGCUGAGGAAGUGGAGGCCCUAAGCUUACCUGAGCUCACACAUGCCUUGAAGACGUGUUUCAAGGUGCUCAGCAAAGUCCAGAUGCCACCCUCCUACCUAGAUACAGAGCCCACCAGCGGAAGCUCGAGCCCCAUAAAAGGUGAAAACAGUGGAGUAAUUUUGGAAACAAAGGCAGUGGUUCCAGAGGACGAGGAUGCUUCUUUCCCCCCACUGAGAUCUGAGGACAGUGGGAUCGGGCUCAGCGCUUCAUCCCCAGAGCUCUCCAAGCACCUGCGGGUGCCUCGGGUCUCCCCGGAGAGAGAUGACAUUUGGAAGAAGGGCGGGAGCAUGCAGAGGACGUUUCUUUACAUCCAGGAGCUGAUCGCCAACUUCGCCAGCAAGAACAUUCUUGCAGUUCCGCCGACAGCACCUGGGGAAGAAAGCAAGACCUCCGGGAAGAACGGCACGGGUGCGGUGCAGGGCGCCACGGCUGGCCACUCCGGCAGGAAGAACUCGUGGGAGGCCAAGCCCAGCACUGUGCCCCAGUUUAAGCAGAUGCUUUCGGACUUGUUCACAGUGCGAGGGUCUCCAUUUAAAACAAAAAGUUCCGGAUCCCCGUCGUCUGGCCCCAGUAGCCCUGGUAGAAAAGCGGAAACAGAGUGGGAUGUCGACCAGGUGGUCAUUGACUUGGGGGGCUCCAAGGAGGACUGCAGGGAGGCCUUUGCUGCUGCAUGUCACCUGCUGCUGGACUGUGCCACCUUCCCUGUCUACCUGUCUGAGGAGGAGACAGAAGAGCUGUGCGAAACACUCUUCCAGCUUCCAGGAGCCAGCGAUACCAGUUUUCCAGCAUGGCUGAAAUCCCUUAUGACCAUUUGCUGCUGCGUGACUGACUGCUACCUCCAGAACGUGGCCAUCUCCACCCUGCUGGAAAUGAUAAACCAUUCCCAGUCCCUUGCUCUUGUCAUUGAAGACAAGAUGAAGCGUUACAAAAACUCUGGGCACAACCCAUUUUUUGGCAAGCUGCAGAUGGUGACUGUUCCUCCCAUUGCUCCAGGGAUAUUGAGAGUCAUUGCGGAGAAAACAGACUUCUAUCAGAGGGUGGCUCGUGUGCUUUGGAAUCAGCUAAACAAGGAGACCCGCGAACAUCACAUCACUUGUGUAGAGCUGUUCUACCGGCUGCACUGCUUGGCCCCGACAGCCAACAUCUGUGAGGACAUCAUUUGCCAUGCCCUCCUGGACCCUGACAAGGGAACAAGGCUAGAAGCUCUGUUCAGGUUUUCUGUGAUCUGGCACCUGACGAGAGAGAUCCAAGGCAGUCGUGUGACAUCCCACAAUCGCUCCUUUGACAGGUCCCUGUUCGUUGUGCUGGACAGCCUGGCCUGCGCAGACGGCGCCAUCAGCGCCGCGGCCCAGGGCUGGCUGGUGCGGGCACUCUCCCUUGGGGAUGUGGCGCGCAUCCUCGAACCCGUGCUCCUGCUGCUGCUCCAACCCAAGACCCAGAGGACCUCCAUUCACUGCCUCAAGCAGGAAAACUCAGCUGAGGACUUGCAUCGAUGGUUUAACAGAAAGAAGCCCCCUUUCAAAGAGACAUGUGGGAUGCCUGAGCUGCAGGAAAGUGGCUCCGAAGAGAGCUUACCUCUGAACCAGUUCACCACAGUGGAUCGAGAAGCUAUCUGGGCCGAGGUGGAGAAGGAACCAGAGAAGUGCCCACCGAGAAGUGAGCUGAGCGAGGAAGACCUUCCGUACUAUGUGGAUCUUCCAGACAGGACGGCCCCGAGUGCGCUGGACAGCAGCGAGCACACCGAGUCUGCAGACACGAGUUGCAGCCACACAGACAGCGAGAACACGUCCACGUUCUCCUCCCCCUCUCACGACCCACACGACCUGAGCCACGAGGAGAACUGCUGCACACCCAUCUCUGUGGGGGGCAGGGUACACCCUAAGCGCUCGGCCGUCACGGCCUUCCAGCCAGAAGGUCUCAAGGCCAAUGCCAAGUUGAGCCUAGUGCGGGCCGACUCGGACAAGACGCAGGCUUCCGAGUCGCUGUCCAGCGACGAGGAGGCGGACUUGGAGCUCCAGGCCCUCACCGCGUCCCGGGUGCUGAAGCAGCAGAGGGAGAGGCGGGAGACGCUCGAGGCCUUGUUCAAGCACAUCCUGCUCUACCUGCAGCCCUACGACUCGCGGCGCGUGCUCUACGCCUUCUCCGUGCUGGAGGCCGUGCUCAAGACCAACCCGAAGGAGUUCAUCGAGGCCGUGUCCAGGACCAGCAUGGACACCAGCUCCACCGCACACCUCAAUCUCAUUUCCAACCUCCUCGCGCGCCACCAGGAGGCUCUCGUCGGCCAGAGUUUCUACGGAAAGCUCCAGACCCAGGCCCCCAACGUGUGCCCACACUCUCUGCUCAUCGAGCUCCUCACCUACCUCUGCCUGAGCUUCCUGCGCUCCUACUACCCGUGCUACCUAAAGGUCUGCCACAGAGACGUCCUCGGCAACCGGGACGUGCAGGUCAAGAGCGUCGAGGUGCUGAUUAGAAUAAUGACGCAGCUCGUCUCGGGGGCCAAGUCCUCAGAAGGGAGGAACCUGGAGUUCAUCCAUAGCUUGCUGCAGAGGUGCAAGGUGCAGGAGUUUGUCCUGCUCUCCCUGUCAGCGUCCAUGUACACAAGUCAGAAGCGCUAUGGUCUGGCCACCGCCGACCGCGCCAGGUUCCUGCUAGAGGAUAGCCUCUUCGAGGAGAAUCUCAUCAACCUGGGCCAGGACCAGAUUUGGAGCGAGCAUCCCCUGCAGAUCGAGCUGCUCAAGCUCUUGCAGGCACUCAUCGUCCUGGAGCACCACCUGGGCCAGGGCCAGGAGGAGGCCGAAAGCCAGCCAGCUCUGUCCCGUGAGUGGCAAAAGGCGCUUAACUUCCAGCAAGCCAUUGGCGCCAUGCAGUACGUGCAGCCCCACCCCCUCACCUCCCAGGGCCUGCUGGUCUCAGCAGUGGUGAGAGGCCUGCAGCCUGCCUAUGGCUACGGCAUGCACCCCGCCUGGGUGAGCCUGGUCACGCAUUCCCUGCCAUACUUUGGGAAGUCCCUGGGUUGGACAGUGACCCCCUUUGUUAUCCAGAUCUGCAAAAACUUGGACGAGCUGGUCAGACAGUAUGAAAGCGAGUCUGUGAAGCUGACCGUCAGCACAACUUCAAAGAAGGAAAACAUUUCUCCAGAUUAUCCACUCACGCUUUUGGAAGGCCUGACAACGAUUAGCCAUUUUUGUCUUUUGGAACAACCUAACCAAAACAAAAAGAUGGCUGCCCUCAGUGAUCCUGUCAACCUGAGAAAUGCCAAGAAUGCCAUUUUGGAAGAGCUGCCUCGCAUUGUCAACACUAUGGCUCUUCUGUGGAAUGUUCUGAGAAAGGAGGAGAUGCAGAAGAGACCCGUGGAUCUCCUAGGGGCCACAAAAGGAUCUUCUUCUGUUUACUUUAAAACCACCAAGACUAUAAGACAAAAAAUUUUAGACUUCCUAAACCCCUUGACAGCACACCUUGGGGUUCAGCUGAUGGCUGCAGUUGCUACUGUGUGGAGCAAGAAGAAGGCACAGCGCCACAGCAAGACCAUGAUCAUCCCAGCAGCAAGUGCGUCCCAGCUCAUCCUCGUGGACUUGGUGUGCGCGCUCAGCACCCUGCCCACGGACACGGUGCUGCAGCUGGUGAAGGAGGUGGUGAAGAGGCCGCCGCAGAUCAAAGGGGACGAGAGGUCGCCCCUGGUGGACAUCCCUGUGUUGCAGUUUUGCUACGCUUUCAUCCAAAGACUGCCAAUAGCCAACUUGCAGGAGAGCUUCCCUUCUCUGCUGGGAGUACUGAAGGAGUCUGUGCAGCUGAAUCUGGCUCCCCCCGGCUACUUUCUGCUUCUAAGCAUGCUGAAUGACUUUGUUACGAGAACUCCCAACCUGGAAAGCAAGAAAGACCAAAAAGACCUGCAGGAAAUCACUCAGAAAAUCCUCGAAGCUGUCGGGAACAUUGCUGGCUCUUCCUUGGAACAGACCAGCUGGCUCAGCAGAAACCUGGAAGUGAAGGCCCAGCCUCAAGUCUCACUAGAAGAAUCCGAUGCUGAAGACAGUGUGUAUGAUGCUGCGGCGGCCUCAGCAAUGGUAUCGGCAUCUGCCCCCUCGGUUUACAGUGUACAAGCCCUCUCCCUCCUGGCGGAGGUUCUGGCUUCUCUCCUGGACAUGGUUUAUCGGAGCGAUGAGAAAGAGAGGGCAGUCCCGUUAAUCUCCCGCUUGCUCUACUAUGUUUUCCCUUACCUGCGCAAUCACAGUGCCUACAACACCCCCAGCUUCCGGGCAGGGGCCCAGCUGCUGAGCUCCUUGAGUGGUUAUGCCUACACCAAGCGAGCGUGGAAGAAGGAAGUGCUGGAACUGUUUCUGGACCCCGCUUUCUUUCAGAUGGAUACUUCCUGUGUUCAUUGGAAGUCCAUUAUUGACCAUCUUCUGACUCAUGAGAAGACAAUGUUCAAGGACCUCUUGAACAUGCAGAGCAGCUCAUUAAAGCUCUUCUCCAGUUUUGAGCAGAAGGCCAUGCUGUUGAAGCGCCAGGCCUUCGCUGUCUUCAGUGGGGAGCGUGACCAGUACCACCUGUACCUUCCCCUGAUUCAAGAACGCCUGACAGACAAUCUCAGAGUUGGACAGACAUCCAUAGUUGCUGCUCAGAUGUUUCUUUUUUUCAGAGUUUUGCUGCUAAGAAUAUCUCCUCAGCAUCUCACCUCACUGUGGCCAAUAAUGGUCUCUGAAUUAAUUCAGACAUUCAUCCAGCUUGAAGAAGACCUGAAAGAAGAAGAUGAGUCGUGGAGAAACAGCAAUAAAAUCAACAGAACCAGAGUCUUGGUUGCUGACGGAAACGGGCCCUCAGUUGGGGAGAUAGCCCCGAGCGAACUUAUCCUGUAUUUAUCAGCCUGCAAAUUCUUGGACACAGCACUGUCUUUUCCACCUGACAAAAUGCCAUUAUUUCAAAUCUAUAGAUGGGCUUUUGUUCCAGAAGUAGACACUGAGAGCCCUGCCAUCCUGUCAGACCUGGAGGAGAAUCACCAAGAAUGCAAACCCCACACUGUUAGGAUUCUAGAACUUCUAAGAUUAAAACAUGGGGAAAUUAGUGGCUCUGAUGAGAUCACCAUGAAGAGUGAAUUUCCUCUUCUGCGCCAGCAUUCCAUUUCCAACAUCAGACAGUUGAUACCAUUCUUCAGGACUCUAAACUGUGCUUUCAAAACCCAAAGUCAGCUCUCUGCUGAUGUCCCAAGAGCUCCUGUCCUGGAGUUUCCUGUCCCAGAGAGCUCAAGGGUCUUGCAACAACUGGAGGAAUGUGUAGAGUAUGAUUUUCUGGAACACACAGAAUGUUAAUGUCCCAAGAAAGAACUUGUAUACAGUUCUCGACGCUUCCCUGAGAACAAGGCUCUACUCUAACCAGAAAGAAGCCAGAAGACCACUGUUAAACAACUCUGCAGUCCUGAAAGGCAUUCAGGUACUUUUCUAGUUAAGCAACAAAACAAACACCCAUAAAUACCCUGUAAUAUAUUUAAAUCUCAUUUUGUGUUUCUUCUUCAAUUUAUGUCAUAAAAAUAAAAGUUAAUAUAUCACCUAA